CAGUGAUUCUCUCAUUGACGGUGUUCAGCCUUACUGACACACCGACAGAUAGGGAGGAUUUACUAAACUAGGACAGAGGACAAAGAUUUACUAAACUUUAUCGUUAUUCCGUUCCCUCCCGUCCCUUCUGAUAAUCUCCACGUUUGAUUGACCUCCACCAUGAAGGAAAGAAGACUCACGCAGCCUUUUGUAUCGAGGUGUAAACUCGUGCUGGUUGGGGAUGUCCAAUGCGGUAAAACAGCGAUGCUCCAAGUCUUGGCCAAGGACUGCUACCCAGAGACAUAUGUCCCUACUGUGUUUGAGAACUACACAGCCUGUCUGGAGCUUGAAGACCAGCGUGUCGAGCUCAGCCUGUGGGACACAUCAGGUUCUCCAUACUAUGACAAUGUCAGGCCCCUCUGCUACAGCGACUCAGACGCAGUACUCUUAUGCUUUGAUAUCAGCCGACCAGACACAGUAGACAGUGCACUGAAGAAGUGGAAAGCAGAAAUCCAGGACUUCUGCCCCAGCACACGGAUCCUACUAAUAGGCUGUAAAACAGACCUGCGCACGGAUGUUGGUACACGCAUGGAGCUGUCCAAUCAGAAACAGACUCCCAUCUCUCAUGAACAGGGUUCAUCUUUGGCCAAGCAGCUUGGGGCAGAGGCUUACCUGGAGUGCUCAGCCUUCACAUCAGAGAAAAGCAUCCACAGUGUUUUCCGUACCACAGCUCUGGCCUGCAUGAACAAGCUCCAGCCUGCCGAUAAACCCAGCCCUGUCGGCCGCCUCUCCAAGAGACUCCUCCACCUGCCCAGCAAGACAGAGCUUCUCUCUUCCACUUUCAGCAAGGACAAGACCAAGAGCUGCUCCAUCAUGUGAACACUGCUGUGGUCAGAAACGAGGACAAGUGAACUAUAUAGGUCAGCAGGAUGUGCAAGGGGAAGAAAGCAUUGAUGUGGAUUUCUCUCUCUCCUUUGCAGCAUCCUCCUCAAACUCCCUAUUGACCGCUUCAGAAAGACCACUACACUCUCUUUGCUUAACUGAUGCUGAACUUUUGAUCAUGACUUAUCACCAGCACACAGUGCAAAGUGAAAAAUGUGUGAUGUUGAAAAUAUUUCUGAUCAAUUAAAUACUCCUGUACCAGGCACUUCAAGAUGCAGACCUCUAUUGUAUGAAGGGAGUGGUUGUAAACACUUCAUUUGAAAGCAUUGCUCAGAAGAGACCCAUUUGAAAUUCUGAUAAUGGUGCCGUUUCUCAUCCAUCACUUGAUCUGAAUGUCUUUUUAAGGUCACUGUUUGGGCUGAGUGACAAGAUGGAAGUGGUAUCUACAGAAUUCUUGGGGAAAAGAUUCCCCAGCUGCCCCCUCAUAGUGUGUCAUUUGGAAAUUAAAACUGACAGUGGACAAAAGGGGGGAGAAGGGAUUUGGCAAGAAGAGUGUUCAGUUUCAAAGGCAAGUGGGAGGACAAACUUAGAGUACAUCUGAAGGAGCGUAAUAUGACUCAGCACUCACAUGAGUCACAAAAUACUGUAGUCUAGGGUGGACAUGCUGUGACAAAAAUAAACAAAAACAUGGCUGUAUAAAGACUAUCGGAACACAUUUAGUCAGAUUCCCUUUUGUUACCCAUCACCACAACCGUCUUAAUUGUUCAGUGUUAUUGACCAAAAGCUUUUAUUUUUGUGUUGUCACAUUAACAGUGCACCAUGUCACUACUUCCUGCCACUUAAAGAGCUGCUUAAUAGAUAUUAGUUUUAAUAUAUACACCAGCAAAAAAUGAAAUCAUUCUUCUUGGUAUUUAAAAAAACAAUUUCUUUUUCACAAGCCAAUCUGAUUGGAUUUAUUUUAGUGAGCCUUUUAUUUAGAAUUCUCUGCCUGAAGAGAAAUAGUCCUUAACUUUGGACUGUAAAUGUGUCGUGUGGGCCUACCCGCCAUGUUACAGUAGGUUCCAGGUGCUGGGUUAAAGUGUACAGAUGCAUCAUUGCACUCCUGUAUAACUGUCAGACUCAUAAUGAACAUUUAAAAAAAUGAUCAAAAUCAGCAGUACCAGAGACAUCAUAUGUCCCAUUUUUGAUUAAUCCACUUGUUGUUCUUCCUUGUCAAACCCUGGCACCUGCAUUACUUGCAGUGCAACUCAAGCAGAGGGUUCAGGUGUGUUAUUCUAAUGGAUCAUGUAGCAUUCAACCACUAGCCUUUUGUUAUUUUCAAACUUGCAUUCCCAGCAAAUUCCCUUAAGAUAAUUCAUUAUAUUUUCUACAGGUCCCCCAAAAGAUGCUAUAGUUACUGCUUUUAACAUUUUUUUCACAUAUGUCCCAGUACUCCCCAAAGCCUAUAAAAAAUUUAAUGUGAUUUGAUGUGCAAAUUUGUGGCGUUAUUAACAGUUAUCAUAGAUGACCCUGCUGCCAUUUUCAGCCUAGAUAUCUGCACAGUUGGCAUUAGAUUCCAUGACUUGGUAGCAGGUGUUUGUACUAUGGCAAACAGCAUUUUAAUGGGAGGGGAACUGGUCAAAGAAGGAACAGACUUUGACAGAAGAUGGGCUCUGCCAUCUAAGACCAUCUACUCCCGAGGCUUGGAAUUUAAAGGCAACUGUAUCUGCAUUAACACUAACAUAGUUGCUGGCGGGGGGAUGGAAUCACAGGCUGGUCCUGUCUGCUUUUUUUUUUGUUUGUUUUGUUUAAAAAAACAUUUGGACCUUAUUUUCCAAAUUCCUUGCAAAGUAUUCUUGACUUUUUCCACUUAUAAAAUAACAUUUUUCUCGAUGUUUCUAUGUGCUUAUGCCUGUCUUUGGUGUUUUUGUAGCUGUUGUUAUUGUUCUUGUAUUCACUUGAGUCUUCUGGCAUUAGUGGCUGUUGACAGCUCAGCUAAUGGAAGACCUGAUGAUUUGUAGGUCUGUGCCGAGAAGCCCGGGCUUCUCUGGAUGUACGGCACACUAGAAUUUAAUGUGUUGCCUAGCAACAAUGUGAGCAGCACUCCUGUCUCCCAGAAAGAGGGAGGGAUGGCUCUAUGAGCGGGUGCCUCACCUUUUAUUUGUAGCAUUAGACAGAAGCCAUAGCCGAGGUGAUUGCUGGAUGUUUUAGAGAGCAGUGGACUGCAGAAGAUCUCUACGUGGUUUUAAAGAGACCACACUGGUAGCAGCCACAAACAGGGUGUUAGAAACAGCAUGCAGUCUAAAAUGUGUCUGUGUAGCUCUGCUGCAGUCACUAUUUCACUUCUUGGUCCAGUGUGAAGCACUGUGCUUCCAUAAACAAGUGCCAUUUUGUUCAACUCUCAUUUCACAUUGCAGGGUUAACCAAUUUCAGUUUCUGACAAUCCAAUCACAUAAAGAAAACAAACUGUAGGAUCCAAACACAAACCUUAUUGUCUGCACAGGUCAAGAUGCAAAAUUUCUGGCUGUAGUUCAUGACAUUUCAGACUUUCAAAUGCCUUCUAAGGAAUGUUUUUGAAGAGCUUAAAUCUGUGCUUUGCCCUGUAUUUCACUGUUUUUCUCUUGCUGUAUUUUGGCAGAAUUGUUUUAUUGUGCAUAUCCUCCUUCACCCUCCAAAAAACAAUGUGUUUGUGUUGAGUUGCCAGUUAUGGCUUAAAUUAGGAAUUGACUCCUGUAUUUGUCAUAAUCACACACAACUUUCAUCUUUAAAUCUUUAUUUAAAUAAAUAUGUCCGAAGUGAAUUUACAAGCCAAUGAAUAUUUGUGUUAAACCCAUUAAAAUUAGACCUUGGAUCUUUGAUGGAUGGGUUUAUCCUGAAGAAAUACUUCUUUAAAUACAGCUAGUAUAAAUGCAUGUACCAGCACCAUAAUCUCACCUUUUCACACAACAGAUUCAGGAGGGCAACAUGCAUUUUGAGUUCAUCUUAGUUUUUUUCUGUAGCUGUUCAGGCAUGUCACAGAAUACCAGACUGGAUUUCUCAGAGCAUUAUCAAAUUAGAGCAAAUGGUUAUUUGGGUAAUUUAAUCGAAUUCAAGGCUCCUUGAGAGAAACAAAAACUGAUAUCUUGGCUGCACAUGGUCUAUUUUGUCCUAAGUGAUAAUCUACACUUGUUCCCUGGGGAAGGGCACAGCAGUUCACUUCACAUUCUUAUUGAGGCUAAGAUACAAAUAUCAACAAAUAUGCUCUACUGUUUGCUUUACUGAAAGGCCAACUGAUUUACCUUAUUGCUGAAGGCUAUUAACUACAACUGUCUGAGAUACUGAAAUGCAUUAAAAAUAAGUGUAGUCAGGUUUGGAUUCACUUGGAUUUCUGGACUUUAAACUGAUUUCUUUUUGUUCAGUCCCCAAGGACUGUGUGGCCUGCAAUUAGACAAUGAUGGCAGCAUCAUGGUAAGGUGUCAAAACAACCCUGUGUUCCACUGAAGCGUGAAUACAGCCUUAGGGACCAAAUCUUCCCCGACACACAUCCACAUGUCCAGUACAACAUAAG